CAACAUGUGUCCACGCUGACACGUGUGCUUCACCCCUGUAGGACAUUCGUUCACAGUGGGGGCACCGGUCUGGCUGCUGUAUUGGAGUUUUUUGAAGUUGUUUGACUCUAAUGAAAGGACAGACAUCAUGUUCAAAGCUUCCUCUCUGCUGCUGCUGACCGUCGUCCUAAAUGUUCAACUAUGCUCAUCAGCACCAAUACCUGCCAAAGUUGUUCACUCUCUUGUUGAGGCUGAAGAACCAGGUCCAGAGGAACUUGCUCCAGUAAUUGAAGACCACAGUCACUUUAUAGAGGAGAAAGAAUCAGUUCAGGAGAAACUCAUUCCAGUUGAUGCAGAAGAAGCAACAUCUCCUGAGGAAUUAUCCGCUGAAGAAGACAUUCCAGUUGUUGAAAUACAACCAGAACCAGUUUUCAUCAGAGAUCAGGUCUCUGAUGACACAGAUGAAGCUGUAUCUAAGGAAACAGCCAUUCAGGAGCCUUUGGCUGCAGCUCCACAAGAAUCUUCAGAGGAAGAAACUGUCCCUGUAGAAGCUGCCUUUGCAGAGGCAUCUCCAGAUGAAACUUCAGAAGAAGUUGCCCCAGCUGUUGCUCUAGAGAGUGAGUCUUCAGAACAGCACCAUGUGGAGGAUCCAGCUCCAGAUGUACCGAUCCCCAUUAUUCCUUUAGAAGCUUCAGAAGAUGAAGCUUCAGAGGAAAAUGCAGCAGAGGAAGCUGCUCCAGAAGAACCUUUACUUAUAGUCCCCGAUGACAAUACUGACGUAGAAGAACCUCUUCCAGUGACACCAGAAGAAGAGGAAAAUGUUGUCCUCGUCCCUGCAGAACUUGAGAUAGAGGAGGUAGGUCAAGAGGAACCUGCUCUAGAGGAAACAGCUCCAGAGGAGUCAGUCCCAGAAGAUCCAGUUGCCAUUGUUCCUUUGGACCCUGUUGAAGAGGAGCCAGAGCUGGAAGAACAAGUUAAAGAAGAAUCAAUCCCCAUAGUUUCCCCAGAAGCACCAGAUGAAGAGCCUCCAGGGGAAGAGGAAUCAGUUGUCCUUGUCCAUGCAGAACUUGACCCAGAAGAGGAAGGUCAAGUGGGAGUGGAUGUAGAAGAAACAGCACCAGAAGAGUCAGCCCCAGAAGAACCUGCUAUUAUUGUUCCAGUGGAGCCCGCUGAACAGGAGCCCGAUCAAGAGCAACAAGAGGAAACAGUCCCUAUCAUUUCUUCAGGAACAAAAGAAGAGGAAGCUCCAGAGGAGCAAGCAAAUGAAGAAGCAGUUGCCCCAGUAGUCCCAGAAGAAAAUGCUGAAGUGGACCCUGCUGCAGAGGAAACGGCACCAGAGGACUCAGCCCCAGAAGAUCCAGUUGUAAUUGUUCCUUUGGACUCUGUUGAAGAGGAGCCAGAGCUGGAAGAGCAAGUUAAAGAAGACGCAAUCCCCAUAGUUUCCCCAGAAGCACCAAAUGAAGAGCCUCCAGAAGAAAAGGAAUCUGUUGUCCUCGUCCAUGCAGAACUUGACCCAGAAGAGGAAGGUCAAGUGGGAGUGGCUGUAGAAGAAACAGUACCAGAAGAGGAUGGUCAAGUGGGAGUGGCUAUAGAAGAAACAGUAGCAGAAGAGGAGGGUCAAGUGGGAGUGGAUGUAGAAGAAACAGCACCAGAAGAACCUGCUAUUAUUGUUCCUGUGGAGCCCGCUGAACAGGAGCCUGAUCAAGAGGAACAAGUGGCAACAGUCCCUAUUAUUUCUUCAGGAACAAAAGAAGAGGAAGCUCCAGAGGAGCAAGCAAAAGAAGAAACAGUUGCCCCAGUAGUCCCACAAGAAAAUGCUGAAGUGGACCCUGCUUCUAAUGAAGAACCUCUCCCAAGUCCAUUUGACGAAGAGGAAUCUGUUGCCCUUCCUAUAGAGCCUGAAGUUCAAGUGGACCCUGCUGUAGAGGAAGAAGCACCACAAGAGACAGCCCCAGAAGACCCAGUUGUCAUUGUUCCUUUGGACCCUGUUGAAGAGGAGCCAGAGCAGGAAGAACAAGUUAAAGAAGAAUCAAUCCCCAUAGUUUCCCCAGAAGCAACAGAUGAAGAGCCUCCAGAAGAAUAUACAGAAGUAGAAGCUGCAGGGGUGCCUGUCCCAAUAGUCCCAGAAGAAAAUACAGAAGAGGACCCCGCUAACAAAGAACUUAUUCCUAGUACACCAGAAGAAGAGGAAUCGGUUGUCCUUGACCAUGCAGAACUUGAACCAGAAGAAGAAGGUCAAGAGGAAGCAGCUGUAGCAGAAACAGCACCAGAAGAGCCUGUUGUUAUUGUUGUUGUGGAACCUACUAGUGACGAACCAGCUCCAGAAGACCCUGUUGUCAUCAUUGUAGAAGAGGAUGCUCCAGAGGAUAACACAGAAGAAGAAGUUGUCCAAUCAGAUCCUCUACCAAAGGGAACAGUCACAGCUCCUGCCCCAGCUGUCACUGAUGUAGAACCUGAAAUCAUUCCCACUCCUGUGGAAGGUGGUAAUGGCACCAGCAGUGAAGAUUUCAAUGCUGCAAUUAAACUGAUAGAAGAAGAACCUGUAGCUCUGAUAAACAGGGGGACAGUACUGGGUGCAGCAUUCUUCACACUGAUGUCUUUUAUCAUUGGUGGAUUUAUUUGGAUGACUGUAUCCAAGAAAUUGCACUGAAUGUAAGACACUGAAGUAAAGAUCAGCUGUCAGAAGAUCAGAUCAGUUGUUUGAUGAAAUAUGGAGCAACUGAAGCAUAACAGGUUUCUCUGCAUUGAAUAUUUGCUGAGGAAAAGACAACUGAAGGAAAUUCUGCAGUUUCUUCAAGGUUGAAGGACAGAAAGUCACUAUGUUAAUGUAAACCAGAGGUGGAAUAGGUAUUAAGAUCUCUCCCUGAUGAAGGCAUGAAUAUAAGUAGCACUUUCCUGUUGGUUGAGGAGGAGGUAAUAUUACCUACUUUAUAUACUUUUGGGUAGAUUAAAGGUGUCCUGUUGAGUUUUCUUGUAAACAAACAAAUAAUUUUAAUAAAUUUGUUAACAUUCAUAAGACAUUGUUUGUACCCUUGAGGUUUAACAAACCCAUUGAGUGAAUUUCAUCCUCAAAAAACAAAGAUUUUAUGAAUAUUUUAAAUUCCAAUGUUUACAUGCUAGCAGUCACCUUCUUUGUCUUCUUUGCGUGUUACCACCACCUUCUGUCAGGAAUGUGUAUUGCGUUGUCAAUGUCCUAAUGAACAAACCAAACACUAGUAAAAGCAUUGCUCCAUGGUGCUACUAGUGGUCAAAAGCUCCACAGGGUACCUGUAACCUAUGCAUAUCUAUAUGUUACAGGCUGAUCAUAAGCUUUGUGUGUAAAAUAAGGGUGUCAAAUAAAUGCAGUGGAGAAAUUAAUACAACAUUAUGCUCCAGUAUUGUAGCGUAAAAUAAAUGCUCAAAGUAUAAGUACCUCCACAUUGCACUUAAGUACAUUUUCCACCUCUGUUCUUAAAACUACGUCUUGACAUAUUUAAAGGUGUGGAAUGAAGUAGAUUAUUAGCUACUUGAGAGGAUGAUAACAUGCAAGUAUAAAUGGUAUAGAAGUGCUUUAUGAAAAAUGUGAGCAUGUGACCAACUUUACUAAAGGGGGAGUCAUGCUCUAUAAGACUUGAUUUGUUGGUGUAUUUGACAGUAAGCAUUUAUGAAUGAUGAGUCUUUAUGUUUUGAUUUUGAAAUGUAUGUAUGAUGAAAACUUUAAUGCACUGGUAACUUUACUUGUAGUUUUUUGAUUGUGGAACAUUAAAGUAAUGCAGUAUUAGUA